AUGAGGCUGGGUUUCCCCGCCCUGCUAGCCCUUCUGCUCCUUCUGGGCCCGUCUGUGGCCGCAGGGGACUCGGGGGAUUUGGAGCCCCUGACCCCUGACUGGAGGCCAAGCUCCUCGCCCUACUCUGACUUGAACUCUGGCUUCACCUCUGGCUCCAGAUCCCAUGGUGGCUCCAGCUCCAGUAGAGGUUACUCCAGCUCUAGCUCCAGAAGUUAUGGCGGCUCCAGCUCCAGUGGUGGCUUCAGCUCUGGCAGCGGCUCCAGCUCCAGCAGAGACUUUGGCUUCAACAGGUCCAGGUCAGGCGACAGCACCAGGUCUGGCUCUGGCUCUGUGCCCCAGCCAUUUUCAAAUUUCAGCGGCUCCAAGGAUGACAACGGGGCCUGCCUGUGCUCCAUCACCCUGCCAGACACCACCUUUCCCGCGGACAGAGUGGAACGCCUGGAAUUCAUAGCUCAUACUCUCUCCGAGAAGUUCGAGACAGAGCUUUUGAGAGUGAAGGAGUAUGUCCGAUUAAUCAGUAUCUAUGAAAAGAAACUCUCAAACCUCACUGUCCGUAUAGAGAUCAUGGAAAAAGAUACCAUUUCUUACACUGAAUUGGAGUUUGAGCUGAUCAAGAUAGAAGUGAAGGAGAUGGAGAGACUGAUCAUCCGGCUGAAGGGCACUGUUGUUGGAAGCUCAGAAAUCAUCGACCAGCUGGAGGUAGAGAUAAGGAAUAUGACUCUCCUGGUAGAGAAGCUCGAGACACUAGACAAAAACAAUGUUCUUAUGAUUCGCCGGGAAAUCGCGGCUCUGAAGAACAAGCUCAAGGAAUGUGAAGCCUCUAAAGGUGAAAACGUCCCGGUGGCCUUGGUCGGGCCUCCUCCCUCUCCAGGGAACUGUGCUCACGGCGGAGUGGUGAACAUCAGCCAACCUUCCAUAGUUCAGCUCAACUGGAGAGGGUUCGCCUACAAGUACGGUGCCUGGGGGCGGGAUUACUCUCCCCAGAAUCCAGACAAAGGGCUGUAUUGGGUGGCGCCUUUGAAUACAGAUGGGAGACUCUUGGAACAUUACAGGCUCUACAAUACACUGGAUGAUCUGCUAUUGUACACAAAUGCUCGGGAGUACCGGAUUACUUACGGCCAAGGCAGUGGGACCGUGGUUUACAAAAACAACAUGUAUGUCAACUGGUACAACACCGGCAACCUUGCCAAAAUUAACCUGACCACCAACACGGUGGCUGUGACUCAAGCGCUCCCUGCUGCCGCCUAUAAUAACCGCUUUUCAUAUGCUAAUGUGGGUUGGCAAGAUAUUGACUUGGCUGUAGAUGAGAGUGGGUUGUGGGUGAUUUAUGCAACUGAGGCCAGCACUGGUAACAUGGUGAUCAGCAAACUCAACGACACCACGCUUGAGGUGCUGAACACGUGGCAUACCAAGCAGUAUAAACCCUCUGUUUCUAAUGCCUUCGUGGUAUGCGGGGUUCUGUAUGCCACCCGUACGCUGAACACCAGAACAGAAGAGAUUUUCUAUUACUAUGAUACCAACACAGGAAGAGAGGGCAGGCUGGACAUCGUAAUGCAUAAGAUGCAGGAAAGGGUACAGAGCAUUAACUACCAUCCUUUCGACCAGAAACUUUUUGUCUAUAACGAUGGUUACCUUCUGAAUUAUGAUCUGAUCUUUGAGCAGGAACUUCUUUAGGUGUUAGGGUGAGACAGAAAUAAAAUGUCUGUUGAAAAAAUGGUCCUCUCCACUUAUUUAGAUACCUGCAGGGGGAUCCGGGAGCUUAUUUGCUUCGCGCUAAUAUUUGGGAGCACAGUUCUGUUGCACUAGGGACUUAAGAUAUUUGUGCUGAUUUGAUGAGUUCUCUUGGAAGCCAUCUGCCUUCUGGGAUGCAUUUCCCUACUGAAAUCAGAUCCUUUCAGGGUGAGAGUGUGAGGGGUCUAGGGACAUCAUGGGUUCAAGGAAGCCUUCGGUGUGGUGACAUCUGGGAAUUAAUUAAUUGAAAGAGAGCUCUGUGUGGCUUCUGGGUUUCUUUGUGCGGGAGAGAGGGCUCGGUGAGCAGGCUGCUCUACGUAGCCCAGCCAACUCCUCCAUACCCGAGGGAAACCUGGGGCUAAAUUAGGCAAGUUAAUACCUGAAGCUCCUUCACGGGCCAAAUUUCCAACUUUGUUUUUCUUGCUAGCAAUCGGAAUGGUGUUUUGUAUACAGCAAGCAGAUAAGUAAAUUUAGCAUACUUCUGUUAUAUUUGUAAAAUGCUCUGCAUUUUCUGGAGAAAGGCGCUUUUAUACUUUAAAUUGUAUGCUGCAGAUCAAUCCCAGAGGGGUCUGCCGACGAGGCACUGGAUUACUCUUUUCUCCCACGGUCUACCGACGUAAGAGUCGGUCGAGCUCUCCUGUCUCAUAAAUUCGCUCCAGAGGCGGCUCGGAAGGUUAGAAGCAGACUUAGCAACCAGUUCCUCUCACUUUCUCCCUACCUCCUCCUUAAAAAAAA